CCAACCCGCCUCACUUUGUUGUUAUCCAUCAUGGCGGAAGAGAGUCCAAAGUUUCGCCUGUUUUUCCGGUACCUUUGUUGCUUGCUACACCUCAUUGGGAUCACCUACCACUGCACAGAACUGGACUUUGACGCCUAUAAAAUAUUUGGUGGGAGAUUCAAGUUCCUAACUUUCCUCAAUAUGAUUUUACAAUGGAUUUAUUUCACCUCUUCUGUGGUUUCAGACGUACAGUUUUUCAUCAAGAAACGAAAGAGUGAAGUUUCUUCUUAUCUCUGCGACCUUCUCUUUGCUGCUUGGGUCUUUCCGAUUGGUUUAAUAGUGACCUUGCUAUUCUGGGGGCUGUAUAUGGUCGAUCCAUACUCAUGCCAAAACGAAAAGGAAGCUAAGCUUACCCCAGUCUGGCUCAACCACUACAUGCAUUCCUUCCCUGGUAUCGCAGUAAUGUUAGAACAACUCCUGUUCAAACACGAAUACCCUACUAAACGUACUGGAAUUAAGGCAGUUUUAGGGUUUGGCAUACUCUAUACGGCUUGGGUUUUCUUAAUUGUGAGCGUAUCGGAUUUCUGGGUGUAUCCUUUCCUGCAAAAGAUGACACUUCCCUCCAUUGCAGCGUUCUUUGGUGCAUCCUAUAUCUUACUGGUAUCCAUCUACUUAACAGGCCAUUGGCUCGCAACAAGGGUACCAGCAGUAGAACAAAAACAAACGACGGAAAAGAAAAUUGAUUGAAACAGAAAAACUUUGAAGACAAUUUUGAAAAAUAGAUAAAAUGGUUUUGUUUUUUUUUUCACUGGAAAAUUUUUGUGAAAAAAAAUUAAAUAUACGUACAUAUAGUUUUAUGCAGCAGUGUAGUUUGAUAAUGUAAAUUUGCUAAGAUGGAUUCAUGCAUGAAGAGUUGAGAAUUACAAUUACAAUUAUUUAAUUUUA